AUAUAGGAGGUCCUGCCAGGGUGUUCUCAAGUGUAUGAUAUUUGAAAUACGUAGUUUGUAUCAAAAUUCUAACGAGUUUCCUCUAAAUAACAGCUUCAUGUAACUUUCCGUCUAGCGGAGUUUCGAUGGAUGAAAAACGAUGUCAUCCGUAGAACGGCUGAUAAGAGAGCUGAAACUGAUAACAGCACCCUUUCUUUGGGCGGGAAACCAGAGGGGCACCCCCCCCUCCAUCCCUCAGGGCACACCCCCACCACGUAACAGGUCAUCUUUAAACUUGUUGAUAAAAACAACGCUCGCCUCAAUCCGACUGUCAUAACGUACCCGAACUCCGGUGGUGUAGAAGCUCCGAAAUAACUUGAUUUCAUUUGAAAUUUCAAUAAGUAAUUUCGUUUUUCGAAUUGGAAAUGGCACUGAACUUGAACCGUGUUCUGAUCAGCGAUGCAGUGGACAGCAGCUGUGUGACUCUGCUGCAAUCUCAUGGCGUCACUGUCGACUGCAAGUACAAACUGCCCAAGGAUCAGCUCAUCAAGGAAAUUAAGAACUACGAUGGUCUAAUUGUCCGUUCUGACACCAAAGUAACAGCUGACGUGCUAGAAGCGGCAACAUCGCUUAAAGUGGUCGGAAGAGCCGGAACUGGAGUCGACAACAUUGACAUUGAUGCCGCAACCAAGAAAGGUGUUAUUGUGCUCAACACACCAGGAGGUAACUCAAUCAGUGCCUGCGAGUUGACAUGCUCUUUGAUUAUGUGCCUGGCAAGAAACGUGGCUGCUGGAUGCCAGUCUUUGAAAGAGGGUCGCUGGGACCGGAAACUCUACACCGGAAGUGAAAUUUCUGGAAAAACCCUGGCAGUCAUUGGUCUGGGAAGAAUUGGACGAGAGGUCGCUACCAGGAUGCAAGCUUUUGGAAUGAGGACAAUCGGCUUUGACCCCAUCCUGAGUGCAGAGAAAGCCAAAGAGUUCAACGUAGAAUUGCUAACUCUAGAUGAGAUUUGGCCCCAAGCUGAUUACGUAACUGUGCAUACGCCACUCAUUCCGCAGACAAGAAAUCUCAUCAACGAUGCAGUUUUUGCGAAAUGCAAGAAAGGCAUGAAAGUAAUCAAUGUGGCCAGGGGAGGCAUCAUUGAGGAGGCUGCUCUUCUCAAGGCACUCAAUAACGGUGCAUGCGGCGGUGCAGGCCUGGACGUGUUCAGCGAGGAGCCACCCAAGAGUGCGGUGACCCUUGAGAUCAUCGGCCACCCCCGCGUGGUGUGCACCCCUCACCUCGGAGCCAGCACAGACGAGGCUCAGACCAGGGUUGCUGUCGAAGUAGCAGAACAGUUUGUCGCUCUCAAGGACCCCCAGUCACAGUUCCAACUGACAGGCAUUGUGAAUGCACCGAUUCUGGCCGCUUCGCUGGAUGCAGCCAAUGUGCCCUGGAUCGAGUUGGCCAAAAAUUUGGGAAAAAUCGCCGCCAAAAUGCUCGUCAACGAAGAUUUCACUAAAGUUCAGAUCUAUGUCAACACCACUGGUGCAGUCCUAGAAUCGAAGAAGUUCGUGGGCGCAGCAGCACUGAUGGGCAUGCUGACCGGUCGCACCAAGAAUGGACUGAACCUGAUCAACGCAGCCGCUCUGGCCGCUGACGCAGGCUUGUUCAGCAUUGUCAGUCAUGCAUCCAAUCAGGGCGACAGCAACACUGUCACGCUCGCCAUCAACGUCGGCCAGGCUCACCAUUCGGUGCAAGGCACAGUGCAAGGCGAUGGAAACAGCUACCUAACGAGCAUUGACGGAGCCCAGUUCACUCCUGGUGUUGCCAUCACUUCCAGUCUGCUUCUCUUCCAAGGCAGCAACGCCGGUUCAGAUUUCGCCAAAAUUAUUGGUGAGUUGAGCAGCAAAGGCCUGACGGUUUCGCACAUUUCGGUAGCAGUUGGCAAGCAAGUCUAUUUUGCCGUUCAAACUUCUGGUGACAAUAAUGAAGCAGUCAGCACUAUUCCCGGAGUGAGACAUUUCUAAGAGGAAACUCCUUCCAAAUAUGGCUGGAGUUUGGAGAAAACUUGUCCAAUAAAGUUAGUUUCUCUAACUUAAUGGCAAGGCCAUGCAAAUUUGUAUAAAUAAAAGUAUUUUUCCAACUAGAUAUAAGUAGCAUUUUUAAGUCAUAAUUAUUUUUGUAAAAACAGUAUUGAUGUGCCUACGGUAAUCCACUGGCAAUUUUUUUUGUCACUUAUAGACAACAAUUUUCAAACUUUUGUGUAAAUGGUUUAUUGUAUUAGUUUAUCAAUAGUCCUCUUUUAAGAUCGAUAUGAAUUGGUUGUAUGAAUAGCUAUUGGAAAUUUAUAGCAUUAAAAAUAUUCGAAUUAGA